AUAAUUAUUGCUAUAAUGUGGUCUUUGCAGUUAGUAGAAAAGGAUCCAAACAAGGCGAUUCCACUGUUCUGGGCUGCUAUAAACAGUGGAGACCGAGUUGACAGUGCAUUGAAAGACAUGGCUGUUGUAAUGAAACAACUGAAUCGAGCUGAAGAGGCCAUUGAGGCAAUAAAAUCUUUCCGCUAUUUAUGCUCUAUGCAAGCACAGGAGCCUCUUGAUAAUGUUCUUCUUGACCUAUACAAGAAAUGUGGUAGGAUAGAUGAUCAAAUUGAAAUGCUGAACUUCAAGCUGAAGAUGAUUGAUGAUGGGCUAGCAUUCGGCGGGAGGACAACAAAAUUGGCAAGAUCUCAAGGAAAAAAGAUUCAUGUUUCCCUUGUGCAGGAAAAAUCCAGGUUGCUAGGGAAUCUUGCUUGGGCUUACAUGAAAUUAGAUAGCUACAUGGAAGCAGAAUCACUUUACCGGCAAGCACUGGCAAUAGAACCAGAUCAUAACAAGCAGUGCAAUUUAUCUAUCUGCUUGAUGAAGACAGGAAGGAUAGCAGAAGCCAAAUCCCUACUACAAGACCUCAAAGAGCCAUCUAGAGAAGUGCCAUUCACCAACAGCAGUAAUGAAUCCUACCUUAAAUCCUUCGAACGGGCUUCUGAGAUGCUUGCGACACUUGAGUCGCAAUCGGAACUCCAUGCGAAGUUUGAAGGACUGCAACUUGAGGGGCAUAAUAUAACUGCCACAGCUUCAAAUCCUGCAAAUGACAGAAAGAGUGAAGAUUUCAAUGACAAGAACUUGUUGAAUGGGCUUUCUUCACCUUCAUCAGUUAGGAAAUGGCAGAGAGAACCUGUCGGUCAGGGAGUUCCCUCACUACGUUCCUGCAGUUGGAAAUCUCCAAAUUUUGUCACUCCUUCAUCGGAGACAAGAAAGGGAAGGUGGGUCAAAUGGCCAGGUUACGAAGAAGCAUCUGCUGAUAUUUGCAAGCAAGGAUGGAAAUCCUCUUGUAACAAAGCAUUGUUUUCACCAGCAUCUGUGGAUGGAAGCCCAAAAUUGGAGCCCGAAGAAUCAUUGACCAUUUCGAAAAUGGUAGUCGAUGAAGAGCAUUCUGUAACAUCCAUCAAGAACCAUGCUACAGCAUUUGAGAAACCUUUAACAGUUCUUGAAACAAAGAAGUAUCCAAUUGAAGAUAACAGUCCAAAGCCGGAGUUAACAAGAGAACCACCAACUCAUAUUGGAAUUUUGCAACCCAAAGCACUAAAAGGACCGAGUAAUGAUGCUUUAUCAGCUAUGGCUGGUACGAAUAUGAUCCCAAGAUCUGAAAACCUGGUCAUGGGAAGCAGGAGACAACUGGCAGAUGCCGUCAAAGAGGAAGCUGAUUGUCAAAGAUGGAAGAAAGAACAAUCUCAUAGCUCAGAUAAUAUAUCAGCUACUGGCAGUAAAAACCUGAAUCCACCAGCAAAAGAUUGUUUGUUUACAAAUGGAGAAAGAAGAACAAAGGCAAACCAUGUGAUGGAUAAGUGUACAAUUACAUCUGAUACUUUGGUUCCCAAACCACUGGUUCAGCCACUUACAGCCAAUGGAAACAUAUCAGCAAAUGCAUCAAGCAAGGAAAGUGGUAGCAGCAUGAAAGCUUCAGAAAAUAAGAAUCAGGAGUCACAAAGCUAUGAAAAAGGCAGUCAGAGAUGCAAUGACAUUGGUGAAGAAAAAGUUUUCUCUGGGAUUAUGAAAAUGGGACAUCCUCAGAACCUUGAUUUGGAUAAUAAUUCAGCAUUGAUAACUGAAAGCAUGAAACCUGCUGAAGAAGAUCCCUGUAUCUUCACUAGUGGCAGAAAGCACUUUGGAGAGCCUGCAGCGCAGGGCUGCAGUGCUGAUGUUCAUAUUCUAGAGCCAGAGAUACCAAUCCAAUCACCCAACCAAGUAAGUUUUGGCAGCUUUCAGAUUCGAGGAUCUGAUGUGUCCACAUAUACUGGGAGACAGAUAGAAACCCUUGAGGAGAAGUUUCCCCAAGGAGUUUCAAAGAAUGACAACUCACUGAAUUCUGACAAUGCUUCAGCCCCCAUCGACAAAAUUCCAAAGUUUAGAGGUGACAAUCCACAUUCAUAUGGUGGUAACAGAACAUGGGCUGACAUGGUAGAAGAAGAAAAAGAAGAAAACUUGGCCAAUGAGAACUUAAGCAUGGAUACAGUAGCUGAUCAUGCAAUUGGAAGCUGUGAAAAUUCAUCUGAAGGACAUUUUAAGACACCUCCAGCCUCAAACAGCAGAAAAUCUUGGGCUGACAUGGUAGAGGAAGAAGAAUACUUGGCUAAUGAGAUUCUAAAUCAUAGUGCUGCGAUUGGUAGCCACAGCAGAAGCGUUAAACAAGCAUCCACGGAGCAACCAGCAUGCAAAGGAUUCCCAGAUGAAAAUGUGAACUUUAUCAAUAUUGUCAGAUCCACUCCUCGCCAGCAGAACCAUGCUGCAAGGUUCUGCCAAAAGCUUAGUAUGGUGGAUAUGAAGGAAGGGUUAGAAAGUGGGAGCAAAACACCAAGAAAGAAUUCGUUAGCUCGGCGAUCUCUCUCAUUUGAUCAGCAGCCAAUGUGGGAUCUUUCUAAGGAUUGCUUCCUAGAGGCUGGCCUCCAGGAUUCUCUUCAUAUGGUGGCCAUGGGAAGCUGGUCUAAUUGUGAAAUGAAUUUGAAGCGAGCUAAGCGGCACAACAGACUUCGAGUUUUCCAGGAAAUUACACUUGACAACAAUGCAAGAGAUUGAACAUAGGUGGAAUCAAAUUCAUUAGCAACAAGGGAUUUGGUGACUUUGUAUGUUCUGUCUUCACUAUUGUUUCCUAAGUUUUUUCUUCUUUGAUGCAUGAACUGUGAUACUUGAAGAACCUCCAUUUUCUAAUUCUUUAUUUUACUCAAUUGUGAUUAGCUUGAAUUUGAAACAAUUUUAAAUUAUCUU